GUUUUUAUUUUUGUCUUCAGAUGGUUCAGACUUCAUUGUAGCGCUUCCAAAGCUUCGCUUGUCAGAGAACACGUGGCACUUAAUUCAGCACCUCUCUGUCAAAGCACUGUGAAACCAUGGCGACGCGUGUGACGCUGGCGGCGUUUAGAGUUUAGACCCUUUCUCCAAAAUCUCAUCUUUCUUCUUCUUCUUCUUCUCCGUCGUCGUCUACUCGUCUUACAAUCUUUUAAUCGAUCGUUUUUGGCGAAACACGAGAGACUGAACUCUGAAGUAUCAUGAAAAGAGUUUCAUUGGUUGCGCGUAAGAAACACAAGAGGAAGAAAAACAUAAGAUUCGUGAAGAGUAUUGUGGCUUACCUCAAAUCGGAUGAUUACAUGUUCGCUCCUCUGUUUUCCAAUUCCCCACCGUUCACGACUGAGGUAAAUACGCCUCCGUCGUCGAGUUCGAAGACGGACGACAUCUCCCUGACAGGGUUUGAGUCAUUGGGGUUUGAGAGGGUAAUUAAGAAGAAGAAGAGAACAAUGUCUGAGAAAGUUAAGAGAUACCUAAAAUCUGAUUGUCACAUGUACGGACCAGUGAUCUCACCUCCAAAGCUUGGUUCUGCUUCACUUAAAGGGAAAUUGCAAAUAACAAAUUUGGUUACGAUGGAAGUAUCAACGAGUAAUACAACCACGAGGGAAGAUAACAGCAAUUAUAGGAAUCUCCGGUCAGAUAUUGUAGGACAGGCAUUGCAUAAUGGAAGGAUCAACUUUCCAAAACGAGGAUUGGUUAGCUUAGAAGGACAACGAGGUGGACUAAGCCGUGAAACAGAUCUUUCAUCAGCUUUUUCCUCUCUACCAGAGGAAAAGAUGGUGAAGCCAGAUCAAAGGAGAGUUACUAUUGAGUGAAGAAGGACUGAAGCUGGAGAGCUAGGGAGAAGAGGUAGAAGGUGAACUGACAAGUAGUAAUCGUGUGCACGUGAGUUGCAUUCAAUUUGUGUCCCACAUGCCACAUCGCAGACCCUCCCCAUCUGUCAACUCUACACACGCAUGCAAAGAAGAAAGCUUUGCGUUGCGUCUUGCGUGUAUCUAACAUGGUUCAUUAUUGCUAUGGAAAUCAAAGAGACAUCAUAUCUGUCAAUGUUUUACGGAGUCCCUAGUCUAGUUUUGAAAUAAUGUGAAGCUAGUGUAGGUUGAGUAGUCGGAAUUGAUAAGAUAUGAUCAUUAUGAUCUUAUACAUAAUUUAAUAGACGAAUGCGAUAUGUCUAUUUCUAUAUGACACAAUCGUAUUGGAGCUUGCACAUGAGUCCCCGAGAAAAACGGAGAUUAUUGUAUUUGGAGACUAGAGAAGAGAGAUAUAGACG